CCAUCUUCGAGUCUAGCUCCUCUCCGUUUACCCAUACGGCCGUCAUCCUCAAAGCAUCAGCAUGUCCUACAGAGAAGUUCGAUCAUUCACAGAGAAAAUGCGUUCGCUGGGUUAUCCCAAGCUUGUAUCGAUGGAGUCUUUUCGAUCACCUAAUUUCGAAAUGGUGGCCGAAAUUCUGCUUUGGCUGGUUAAAAGUUACGACCCCAGUAUCGACAUAUCAGAUGAUAUCUCAACCGAACAGGAUCGUAUAAUUUUCAUCAAGUCUAUUGCUUCUUUUAUGGCUCCUAAAGCGCACAUCAAACUCAACACCCGAAAACUAUAUAUGGCUGACGGAAACGCAGUGAGAGAGCUACUGAAGAUUGCGAGCAUUCUCUACGAAGCGAAUACCGUUGAAGCAACUGAGAGCGAGGACACGGCCGAGACUCCCGCACUAGACAUCUCGAGCAAACUUGCACAACUCAAAAUAUGUCGGAUGCUGGCAUCCGAAAUAACGGAGCACGGUGCAAAGCUAUAUGACCUGCUUGGCAAAGAGAUGGAACUCAAGGACAUUAGAUCCUCUGUGAUUGCCCGUCCUUUUGAGCUUCGAGCAAUGGAAUCAUCAGUCAGAGAAGCAAUCACCAAACUUCAGGACCAAAUUGGCACGACCAGGAGCGGGUUGGACAAUUUGGGGGCUGAUGAGACGAACCUAAUGUCCAAGAUUGAGAAGAAGAAGGUGGAGCUUGAUCGUGCACAAAAGAGAUUGCAGAGUCUACAGAGCGUCAGACCGGCGUACAUGGACGAGUACGAGCGAAUUGAAGCUGACCUCACCAACCUCUAUGAAACGUACAUGGAGCGCUUCCGAAAUCUAACUUAUCUAGAACAACAGUUGGACGAAUACAACCGACAAGAACAAGACAAGUUUGAGGAAACGGAAGAAUCCUUAAAAAGAAUGCAAACUCGUCUACGAGAAGAAGAGUUGAAGCUUUUGAAAGGGGAUAAGGAGAUGAGAGCCGUAUUGGGGUCAUCAUAUGUCUCAGAGACUGCGAGUGCAAGACUGUCGAGACCAAAAGCCGCCGGUCAACGAAGUCGCUCCCUGCGCAACCUCAGCGAUACUGAAUCCGAAAGCGAUCAGCCAAUGCCAGAGGACGAGGACGACGAUCUUUCCAUAUCCGCAACUGAUAUCAUAAACGGCGACACCUUCGACGAUGAAUUCGCUGGGAUACGAGACGAGGAUGGAUCCAAUGACGACGAAGAGGAAGAUGAAGAAGAGGAGGAGGAUGAGGAGUACGAAGAAGGGGAGGGAGUGGAUUUUGGGGAUGAUGAGCGGCUGGGUAUGGAUGAAGGGAGCGAGGAAGAUGAUAAUGACUUUUAGUGAUUCUACUAUUUGGCCAAUGAAUGGCGUCUUGCAAUUAAAGAGUAAAUGGUUGUUUAUUGUAUCUUCUGAGCAAGAUAUGAAUGAAAAAAGCUUUUAUU